AUUGUAUACAGUCUCUGCUCUGUGCCUCGCGGGAAUACUGGGAAUAUCAGUCUGUGUUUUAGCUCUGUAGAGAGAGGUUACUCCUCUCCCCUCCCAACGGUACAAAGUAAAAACAAUAUCAAAACAAAGGAUUUUCGACCGUUUCGAAAAUUGGGAAAAAUAAAAGAACGGAGCAUGUGAAAAGUGGACAUUAAAAGUGCUUUCAUAAAAUGAGUGAACCGGAAAAUCAUAUCAAUGUUUUGAUUAACACGUCUAUCGAUGAUGACCAACAAGAAUCCGAAGUUACGACAGACGAUGAGAGACUUUUAAGGAAAUCUUACAAACCGAGAAAUAAUUUUCCGUCGUAUUCGAACGAAGAUGUCAACGUUAGAUUUAGGAGGAUCAGCUUUGCUCCCACAACUUUUAGCAAACUUCUUGAAAGUGUGUCGCACAGGCAGUCCAGCAGAUUAUCCUCAGAAGAGAUCGAACCUGGAUCAACAAAUUUUUUGUCCACAAAAUAUGAGAGUCUCGACUACGAUCCUUGCGAGAAUAACCUUGUCCAGGAUGAGGAGAGGAAAAAAGGAUACAAAUUUAUAGUUAGAAAGAAUUUUUCACGAUGGUUUAUAUUCCUGUUGAUCGGGAUUUUCACAGCCAUGCUAGCUUGCUUCGCAGAUAUAUCAAUAGAACAAUUGUGUGACCUCAAAUACGAUUACCUUAAAAAACUGGUCGAUCAGUGCGUGGAUGAUCAUUGCCUGUGGCUACCGUAUAUUGCAUGGGUCUUAUUGAACGUUGGGCCAUCAUUAGUGGGAGCUGUGCUUGUUGCUUAUGUUGAACCUAUUGCAGCUGGGAGUGGGAUUCCUCAGGUCAAAGCUUACCUAAAUGGUAUUAAAGUACCAAGGGUUGUCAGAAUCAAAACGCUGGUCGUUAAAAUUCUGGGAGUUAUUAGUACCGUUGUCGGAGGACUCGCAGGAGGAAAGGAAGGGCCCAUGAUUCAUGCUGGAGCUGUAGUUGCAGCUGGAAUUUCACAAGGCAAAAGCACAACUUUCAAUAAUUGGGAUCUUCGGAUAUUCAAAUAUUUUAGGGAAGAUCAUGAAAAAAGAGAUUUUGUUUCUGGUGGAGCGGCUGCUGGCGUAUCGGCUGCUUUUGGAGCACCGAUAGGUGGAGUACUUUUCAGUAUUGAGGAAGGUACAAGCUUUUUCAACCAGUCUCUAACAUGGAGAACAUUUUGUGCCAGCAUGAUAUCGACAUUUACGUUGAACAUAAUACUGAGCGCUUAUCACGGUCAUCCCGGAGACCUUUCCUAUCCGGGUCUCCUGAAUUUGGGUAAAUUCGAGACAAUUCCGUAUCAAGUAUACGAGAUUCCAUUGUUCAUGCUAGUUGGAACAAUCGGCGGUUCGUUGGGAGCAUUGUGGAAUCAUUUGAAUUAUAAAAUGACAUGUUUCCGGAUGAGAUAUAUGAAACCAAAAUGGCUAAAGCUCAUCGAUGUCAUAGUAAUUGCCGUGGUGUCAGCUACUAUGGGUUUCAUGAUGAUUUAUUUUUCAAACGAUUGUCAACCACUCGGAAAAGAUCCCACUAAGUUUCCCAUCAAAUUGUAUUGCAAGGAGGGAGAAUAUAGCGCUGCUGCUGCCUUAUGGUUUCAAACGCCUGAAACUACCGUUCGCUCACUUUUCCACGAUCCAAAAGGUUCCCACAACGACGUGACACUCGUGGUCUUCGUAAUUCUUUAUUUUUUCCUGGCUACUUCAACUUUUGGUCUCUCGAUGUCUAGUGGGCUUUUCAUUCCCACCCUUUUGAUCGGCUCUGCCUGGGGAAGGCUGUUUGGAUCCGGGUUGUCAAAAAUGAUUCCCACUUGUCCUUUUUUCGUUCCUGGGAAAUACGCUCUGCUUGGAGCUGCUGCGCAGCUCGGUGGAGUUGUCAGGAUGACCAUAAGUUUAACUGUUAUUCUUAUCGAAACUACUCAAGGAAUUUCUUUCGGUUUACCCCUCAUAAUCGUUCUGAUUAUGGCGAAAUGGGUCGGAGACUUUUUCAACGAGGGAAUUUACGAGAUACACACACAAAUGGCUGGAGUUCCCCUGCUUCCUUGGGAAGCACCGCCACUAUCGAACAAUAUUUACGCAAGUGAGAUUAUGAGUCACCCGGUGGUAACGCUCAAAACAACGGAAAACGUUGGUCACAUACUCGAGCUCCUGAGAUGCGUUACGUUCAACGGAUUUCCUGUGGUCGAUCCACCGUCUGCUGACGGGGACGAAAUAAAAUCGUACGGUCGCUUACGAGGACUCAUCCUACGAUCGCAGCUGAUCGUACUAAUAAAAAAUAAAAUAUUCAAUGAGAACGACGAUGCCAGACAAGCUUCUUUCGAUAUAGAAACUUUUAGGAACGAAUAUCCACGAUAUCCUACGGUCGAUGAAAUCAAUAUAACGGAAGAGGAAAAAACGUAUACGGUUGAGCUACGUCCGUUCAUGAAUCCUUCGCCAUAUACGCUGCAACACUCUGCAACUCUUCCACGUGCCUUUCGGCUUUUCCGAGCUUUGGGUCUGCGUCAUUUGCCAGUGGUCAAUGACAUUAACGAGGUAAUUGGAAUGAUCACUCGUAAAGACGUGGCAAGAUAUAGAAUUUGGAGACACUGUGGGAAAAUGGGUUUGGAUGAAUUGUUAACGACCAACAAAGCGUAAAGAAUUGUUGAGUCUCAAAUUUAUUAAGUUACCUUCCAAUUCCAACUGUACAAAAUACGUAUAAGUUAAACUUGUAUAUUUUAUGGAGUAGCUUGUCUUGAACAUUCAUUGUCGUUAUACAAGCAUGUACAUGUUCAAAUAAUUCACACGUUUAGAAUAACUUUUUACAAAUCUCAUUAAUAUAUCAACUGCCCGCUCAAACGACAUUAUCUUUUUGUAUCAAAAACAUAUCGUUUGUUUCUCAUUUAUAUUUUUCAAAAAUUCUAAUACUUCCAAAGAAUUUUUUUAUUGUGAAUAAAAUAUUUAUUCCAUGGA